CUGAAAGAUGUCAAAAAUGUCAAUAAUAAAACAUGACCCGGGCCCGCAAGAUAAGGCGGGGGAUGUUCUUUUAAAAAUAAAAAGUUUAAUGUUUUAGCCUAACUAUGUUUUCGCACCAUUAAAAAUGAUAUAAAGAAGUUUUGUUUUUGUUGUACUUAUAAAUGAGUUAGUGGUUUUUAGUUAAAAAAACUGGGCUGAUCAAAUAUUCGCAGAAACUGUUUAAAAUAACAAUGGGUUCCUCUCCAUUUCGCAGACUACUGCACUGGGGUCCUAUUGCGGUUUUAUGUAUUAUCAAGCUAAUAACAUGGGCAAUGGUGCACUUGAUAGGCAUGUGGUGGCCGCCGCACGAGUCCAUCCCUGCAGCACUACAUGCCGCUACCUUCUUAAGUCUAGCAGUUUCCACACUGUACUUUUUCCUUCAAUCUUUACUGGAAGGACCCGGUUUUGUUCCAUUAGGAUGGAGACCAGACAAUGAAUUGGACAUUAUGAAGCUACAAUAUUGUACAACAUGUAGAGGCUACAAGGCACCUCGAUCACAUCACUGCAGGCAAUGUGGCUACUGUGUUAUGAAAAUGGAUCAUCAUUGCCCCUGGAUAAACUGUUGCGUGGGCCACAGUAACCAUGGUUAUUUUACAUUAUUUCUGAUCUCUGCUGUAUUGGGAUGCUUGCACGCUUCUAUAGUGCUGUCAAUUUGUGUGUACCACGCUAUCAACCGCGUGUGGUACUUGCACAACGGCACAGGCCAAGAGCCUAUCGUGUACCUGACGCUCACCACACUGCUGCUGACGCUACUGGCGGUCGGUAUGGCGGUGGGAGUGGUGCUGGCUGUUGGUACUCUGCUCUAUUUACAGAUUCGUGGCAUCCUCCGCAACCGAACAACGAUUGAGGACUGGAUAAUGGAGAAGGCCGUGAGCCGGCGCGAGGAGCAGGGGCUGCCGGCGUUCUUGUUCCCCUACGACCUGGGCUGGCGCUGCAACCUGCACUUCCUGCUCCACUCACACCGCUAUGACGGCCUGCACUGGCCGCUGCGUCUCGGCUGCCAACAGUACGACCUCACUAUGGAGCAGAUAGCGCAGAAGGAGGAGAAGCGUCAGCGGUCGCGGCUGUUCGUGGCGGCGGAGCAGUACGGCGGGCAGUGGGUGCCGCUGCGCAGACCGCGCGCCGCACUCGCCGCGCCCUGCAGCGCCGAGCCCCGCCUGCAGCUGCGCCCGGGGGACCUCGUGCGCGCCACAAGACAGCGCAGACACUGGUUGUUCGGGGAGCUGGUGGUGAAUGAGGCGCGAGGUCCGCGCGGCUGGUUCCCCAGCGCAGUGGCGGUGCCGGCAGACACGCGCGCCAACAUGCUCGCCCGCGCCGCAGACCACCAGCACCAGCACCAGCACCAACAAGAGCAUGCCAAGCCCGACUAGCACACAGUGCACCCUCAGUGCGAUUAUAGACUCGUUUAACUUUAUACAUUUUGAGGUACAUAUUUUUUAUAUAAAUAUUUUAUAUUCACAAUGCAGAAAUCAUUUGUGCGAGUGGUCUCUUUUUUAUUUUUAAACAAAACCUGUACAAGAACUCUUUGUACUUUACAAGUAGAUAUGUUUUUAAAUUAAUGAAAGAUUAAUUUAAAUAUAACAAUCGCAUUUUAGAUGACAUUUUUCAUAUCAACUUUUUAAUAGAAUUAAACAAAAUUACUGUAAUAAAUUUCUAAAUGUUAAAUACGAGAUUACUAUGUAUUUAAUAAACAUAUUCUAACUCUAAGACUUGGUUUUAAGAUAUUGUAAUACAUAUUAUUAAGCAGGUGUACUAUGUAAAGGACUUAUAUAAUUAUAUUUAUAUUUACCGCUACCUCUGUGAUGUUAAAGCAUUUUUUAAUAUUGAUGAGAUAUUUUUAUUGACAAAAAAGUUAUUUUAGUCAUUAAUGGGUAUAGUAAAUUGACCAAGUUUUUUUUUGUAAAAGUGGCUUACUUGUUUAUGCUAUAUUAAGCACCCAAUGUCUAACAAUACUGAUUUGUUGUGUUCCUAGAUGUGCCAAAGCCUUCUUGCACUCUUCACAACUAUGAAGCCAUUUACUUACCCUCGGCUUCCAGUCUAAAAAACCAGUACUAAAAUGAUUUAUUAUUAUUAUCACACAUAUGCAUUUAUUUACAUAUUUUCUAUGUAAUAUAUUUAAAAAAAAUUAGAACAACACAACUGGGGAUGCCAUGACUUAAGCAACCAGGAAAUUCAUUAUGUGUGUGGUUUCUAAAAUAAGUACAGUUUAAAUCAGGCCCGUAAUGCAACUUAGCAAGACCUCCCAAGAUGUUGGUUGGAGCUCUUUGCUAUUAGUCCAUUUACUAUGACUACCGGAGUAGAUUUCAUACGCCACAUAGCGGUAACUUGGUUCUUGAGAAAUAUAUUAUGUAUAAUUAUUAUUGUGCUUAAUAAGUAUAAGGAUGUUAGAAAGUAAAAGACAUUAAUAUCCUAGUUUUAAUUUCCGAAUUCAUAUAUUUCUGAAUUUAUUAAUUUAAUGGUGCUUCUAAGACUGUUUUGCUUUUUAAUUUUAAUUAAAGUAAAAAUGGUUAAUAAUUGUAAGGGUAUAUAUAAAGGUCAAUGUAAAUAAUAUGUUAUGAAGACUUGAAUUAUAAUGGAACAUUUUUCUGUAGUCAUAGUUUAUUUAAAAGACAUGUAGACAAGUUCAAAAUACAAUUA